UGCCGGAAACGCACAAGGAGAAGAAGGAGAGCGGGACGAAAGAAGCGGUUGCUAUGGCCGACAUGUUUCCAUGUCAACAAUAAAUGGACCAAGCUUCUCCUGUUAAACUAGCCAGAGUGUGUUUUCUCUGUAGAAGGAGAGGGGAAUGGCAGAGACAACAGAGAGCAAGAAGGAGGAGGCUGAUUACAAGAGGCUCCACAGCUUCCCACUCAUCAGGCACACAGACAUGCCAGAGGAGAUGAGAGUGGAAACGAUGGAACUGUGUGUCACAGCCUGUGAGAAGUUUGCCACCAACAAUGAGAAUGCGGCGAAGAUGAUCAAGGAGUCGAUGGAUAAAAAGUUUGGCAGCUCGUGGCACGUGGUGAUCGGGGAGGGCUUUGGCUUUGAGGUGACACACGAGGUGAAGAACCUGCUCUACAUGUUCUUUGGAGGCAGCCUGGCCGUGUGUGUGUGGAAGUGCGCUUAGCACACACACAGGCGCUCACACAAAACACACACAGGCUACACACACACACCCCUCCCAUCCAGUCUGUCUCUACCUAACGAGUGUGUGUAUAUAUUUAUAUACACAUCCUGGAUGAUUCACCCAUCUCUGAGCUAUGCAGUCUUUUUUUUGUCAUUUACUGAUCGUGUAUGUGUGGUGGUAAUGGAGGGUGUGUGUGUGUGUGUGUACACGUGUUUGCGAGCGUGUGUGAUGUCCCUUACGUCAUUGAUUGAUUAGGCCAAGUCACUCUUGAUAUAUUGUAUUCAAUAUCAGCAUGUCACACUCUUGACUUGUGUGUGCACAUACAGUAUGAAAAUGACCAAGUCUUAUCUGUAUACAGAUGUGAUAGUUUCUACAGAACAGUGAGUUCACUGCAUGAAGGAGUCUGGUGUCUCUCCUACUAUCCUACUGAUGGGAUUCAGUGGGGCUGAAACACUUGCACUCUCUUUCCCUAUUACUUUCUGCUCUACUUCUUUAACUCGAGGCAGCAUGCGUGUUCUCAUCAUCUCCUCAUGCUCACCUUUGGAGAAAAAAAAAAAAAUGCAUCCAGCUCCAUGUCUUUCCUCCACACCGCCUGUACGUUGGCACACUGUCGUCUCGGUGGGCUGCCAUGCCAUCUGCUGAAAAACAUCCUUACACAAGCACACACCCUCUCAGUCGCUCUUAUUGCUCUCAAUUCACACACUCUGUUUCUCUAAUCCUCUCUCUAGAUUCUUGUUGCUCUCAAUUCACACACUCUCUGUUCUCCAAUCCUCUCUCUAGAUUCUCGUUGCUCUCAAUUCACACAAUCUCUGUUCUCCAAUCCUCUCUAGAUAUAUUAUAUAUUUUAUCUCCGUCUUUAGUAAUAUAGCUUUAGUCUUCACCUUUCAGACAUGAGUCCCAUAAGCCACCCUUGUCUGUGUCUCUACUCCUCCUAUAACUGAUAAGAUAGCACAGGGACUUUUAUAUCCUCUCAAUGUACAGUAAAUACUUGAAUUUGAAUGUGAAGAUGGAAUCUGAUUUUGUAUAGGAUCGUCAUGGGCUUUUUAUGAAAGAACUUAUUGUUGAAAUAGUUAUUUUCUGUCACACCACUGUUAUAAGAAUGUCAUGGAUAGGUGUCGUUGUUCUGAAUUUGUAUCACAACUGAUGAUAUUACAUGAGCUAUUCUGCCUCUCUAGGCCUAGGCAUUGCAUUUCAAUGAAUAUCAACCUAGGCAUGCAGUCUCAUUGCCACAUAGAAACCUUUAUGUUGCCAACUGUGGAUGUCACCAGGUACCAUAACACUGAUGCGUUGUAUUGUUGUUUUCACUUCAACACUGUGUGUUUGCAUAAAUUCAUUGAACAUGAAAUUAUUCCUGAAAGUGAUUAAAAAAAUAGAGUUUUUUCAAA